AUGUUCAUCAGAGAAGCGAGUAGUUUCGCAGUGACAGUCAUCGCAUGGUCGCUACUGCUCCUCUUGCUCGUCAUCCUCCUACUCUCGCUCCCCACGAUGCGAGCGAAAUUCCACAACACAUUCGAAGUAACCCACCGCUUCCUAGGCUGGACAUCCGUCGCUCUUUUCUGGACGCAACUCCUCCUCCUCGCCCACUCCGCAUCCACACCUCACCAAUCCAUCACCAACAUACUCCUCCACGACAUCACCUUCUGGAACCUCACCCUCCUCACCUUCCUCCUAAUCUACCCGUGGCUCCGCCUCCGCCGCUGGACCUUCACCGCCCACGUCCUCUCCCCCCACGCCAUCCGUCUCUCCUUCCCGCACGCAAUUCACCGCUUCUCCUGCCUCUCCAUCUCCACCUCCCCGCUGCACGAGUGGCACCCGUUCGCCACAUUCCCCAGCGCCGCUGGGCCCAGCAUGGUGAUUUCUAACGCAGGUGACUGGACGCGCGGCAUCAUCGGGGCGGCGCAACACCACGCUGCUCUCGCGCGCGCUGCUAGUGCGCAAACAGGCCGGAAGGAGGAGGCUGUGAAGAUGCAUUUCUACAUCAAAUCCCACCCGAAAGCUGGCGUGCUUUCGCUCUCACUGCUCUUCCCGCGCGUCCUCAUUCUCACCACCGGCUCGGGCAUCGGACCCGCUUUGUCCUCCCUUCUCGAACGCCCAGUCGCGCAACACGCAAGACUCAUUUGGAGCACGCGCAGUCCGCUGAAAACGCCGUCCGGACUUGUUGGAGGUCGUGUGGAGGGAGAGUCGGAGGGAGAGGGUGGAUGCGGUGUUUGUGCUGAGUAA